CUCCCUCCUCUCCUUUCCCCUUCUCUCUCUCUCUCCACUUUCUCUCUCUUCAUCGCCUCCAUUGGAUCUCUCUCGCCACCCCCUCGAGGUCGUCUCCCUUCCCUCCAAAGGGGGGGUUCUUACCAGGGUUUAUCCGCCAUUUCCCCGAAAAUUCCCUCCUCCUCGAGAACUUCUGCCCCUCUCCGUUUUCCGAUCCCAAUCUCGCCCUAGAAAUUUCCUCCCUCCGCUCCUCGUCGUGGUCGUCGUCGUCGUCUCUAGGGUUUACGAGAGCUCGGGGUGUCCUUCGGUCGCGCGGCUCCGGCCCCGGAUUUUCGCCUGGUUUCCGCCGCGGCGGCGAUCCGUCGGGAGUGGGGGUUCUGUGAUUCCUGGGGUUCUCCGAGCUCUCGCGAGCUCUGCUCGUGUGGGGGCCGCGGGUUCUUGAUCCGGCGACGCGGGCGUCUUGAAUUUUUCGGCUCGGGCCGCGAGGGUCGUGUCGAUUCCGGAGCGCGGUUUCCGCCGCUAGGGUUUCGCGGGAGACCGAGGUGGGAUCUUGGGUUUUGGCGGAUUGCGCAUUUGGAGCUCGCCCAUUUCCUUGUCUGCUGAGCUUGGCCCCAAGCUUUCUUGAUAACUAAUCGCCGGAAUUCUCUGUUUGCGUUCGGAGCAUUUUUGUUUUCUCCUCCAUUUCGAACGCUAUCCUUGCUGCUGCUGCUGCUGUGUCCAAAGGGUGGGAAGUGGAGGAGAAUUGAUUGCCUUGGUGGAGCAGAUCUCGGGGUGGGGCGGAGCUGAGCUGAGCUGAGCUGAGCUGAGAGGCUCGUGGGUUGAAUGACGGAAAUUUUGUUGUCCAGUCAUUUUCAAUUGAUAUGAGUCAUCGAAUAUGAACAAUGGAGGUGUAAAUACAACAACUGGUAACGAACCGACGGCUGAUGCUCCGAGUGGAAGGGCUAAAGCUGACGACUUUGCCCGUGCAGUAUCAAGGGUUGCGGUGGCGCAGAUUUGUGAGGGUGUCGGGUUCGAGAGUGUCAGGGACUCUGCUUUGGACUCUCUUUCAGAUAUAGCAAUUCGUUAUCUGCACGAUAUCGGCAAAGCUGCGAGCUUUUAUGCUAAUAUCUCUGGUAGGACUCACUGUAAUGUUUUUGACAUUAUUAGAGCUCUAGAAGAUUUAGGGAAUUUUCAAGGUUUUCUGGGGGCUUCGGGAGUUGGUCACUGCCUUGCCAGUUCUGGAACAGUAAUGGAAAUUCUGGAUUAUGCGCAAUCGGCUGAGGAGGUUCCCUUCAAUCAGUCAAUACCUCAAUUUCCAGUAGCCAGGGAUAGGCGGCUGAUCCCAAGUUUCACGCAAAUGGGCGAGACUCCACCUGGGAAGCAUGUCCCUGCUUGGUUGCCGGCUUUGCCAGAUCCUCACACUUAUAAGCAGACACCCGUGUGGAAUGAGCGGAAGUCGGAUCUGCGUGCUGAUAAGAUUGAGCAAGCGAGGCAAAGGAGAAAUGCGGAGAGGUCUUUGUUGAAUUUGCAGCAAAGGCUAGCCCAGUUUGGUUCUGCGGGAGCUUCAACCUCGAAUAUCGCGCAAGUUCACCAGCCAAAAGAAUUGAAGGCUGACGAAGGCAAUCCAUAUCUCACCACACCUUUGCCACCUGGUGAGAAGGAAGUCUCCUCUGUUAAUUUGCCUGUUAUGCUUUCUAAUGGACCUAUGAAGGAGAAUAGUUUAUCGGUCCUGGAGACAUUUGCCCCUGCAAUUGAAGCUAUGAAAGAUCGGUUUUGUGAAGUUGGUGAUGGUGAUAAUAAGGUCCUUCCUGAAAAGAGACCUGCUAUUCAUUUCAAGUUCAAGACUGGAAAAAAAGUUUUUGGUCAGUCUUCGGAUAUAAGCCUUCAUACCAAAUGUCUCAGUAGACCUGUCUCUCUGAUUGGGCAUGAAGAGGAAAGAGACGAUAAGAAGAGAAGAGCUGGAUACAUCCUUAAGCACGCCAUGGAAAAUCCACAGGAGCUCACUCAGAUGUAAAUUGAUAGAGAGUAGCACUUCGAUUUGCGAGGUGGUUCAAAUUGGUUGACCAAUGAGGCCACAGUGUUGCUUCUGGUGGAAAUUUUAGGGCAGUUUAGGCAGGAAUUCUUGUAGUUCGGCUAACAAUACUCUGAGGAUUCUUUGGAGCUCACUUGGUCCGCAGGGGAUUACAAGAACACCUUGAUUAAAUCCAAAUUCCCAUUCCGCUGCAUCUAAUAACUUGAGAAACAGAGGAUGGCUGAGAUAUCUUAACGCAGCAAAGAGCUUCCUGGGCUCGCUACGUCCUAUCGUGAUGACAGAGAAGUAUCUGUCUUUCAUUUUGGCCAUUCUAUCAUUUCCCUUGAUGGUGUUGCAGUAUCUCAUGGCCAUCUGCAGAGAUAGAGGAAAACCUUCUGGAGUUGUUUCACUGCCUUUUCUAUACUGAGAAAAUAGCUAUUUUUCCUCUAAAGCUUUGCUCUCAUCCUUGUGAUUGAUGUGCAUUUUUUUCCCCUUCUUUCACCAAGUAUGCUAGAUCUUGUAUAGGUUCUUUAUUUGUAACGGAAAUAGCGAAAGUGGCCGAUUUAUAUUUGAAGUUUUGGCCUUUCCUCAUUGAAUGAGUGCAACUGUGCAUGUGAUGUCCUCCUUUUGAUUAUUCAA